UGUUUAAAUUUCUUAAAACCACCUUCGAAGCAUUUAUUGACUCUAAUUUGCUCCAAUUAUAUUCUUACCUUAACCCGCUUGUACGCAACCCUUGCCCGUUAUCGAUGGUCUGCCAUCAAAAGGCGGGAUUAUUUUGACCAUUUAACCACCUCCGCAGAACCGAGCCGAGAACGGUCCGGACCUGACCUGACCCCUUUAAAUUAUGCAUGCAUAAUUUGACAAUUAAUACCCACGGCAAGGUAGGUACCGUCCGGAAUGCCCGGGAGCAAGAUGUGCUCCAAAGAAAGGGGGCCCUAAAUUUGUCACGGCAACAGAAAGCGAAGAAUAAAUAAUUCACACAGAUCCUCCAGAUCGGAAAGUCAUAAAGAAUGGGCGAUGAUAAAAAGGUAAGUUGUUCGGGUAGAAGUUGGGCUGUUUUGUGUGAGACUUCGGUGUAGGUAGCUGCACAAUGUGGCGGUCUAGCAGUGAGGACGAUCAGACGCUUUCGUUGAACUUCCGGAUGCUCGAAAGGAUACUGAGGUUCGUGGCCGUGUGGCCCACGGACUACAAUCCGUACCUGCCGAAGUAUCUGCGCGGUCGAUACUUUCUCUCGGAGCUGAUCGACACGUGCUAUCUGCUGUUCUGGUUCUUCAUCUGCGUGCAUAUCGCUGCGUUUCACAUCGUCUCGAUAGUCGUCAUGGAUCUCAGCUAUGACGAGCUGUUUCUCACCCUGAUCACCACCAGCAUCUACUCGAUCAUGACGCUGCUGAGCUUGUACCUGCGGCUGUACGAGUCUAACGUGCGGCAGCUGUACGAGUUUACGACUCGUCACUUUCGCAAGCGUUCGGCCGCGGGUGUCCACUACAUCUCGAUCAGCUUCAGCAUUCGGGUUACCAAUCGGUACCAGUUCUGGUGGCUGAUCAUCUGUGUGCUCGGUACGAUGCACUGGGCAAUCUAUCCGAUUCUGUCCCAGGAACGUACGCUACCCUUUCCCUGCUGGUAUCCGGUCGACGUCCAGCAGUCUCCGAUGUACGAGCUGGCCUACAUUUUCCAGGUGCUGGGACAGCUGCAGGUGAGCCUUGUGUAUGGGCUGGCCGGAGCACUCUUCAUGGUGUUUGUGUUCAUGACCUGCAGUCAGUUCGAUAUGCUGUGCUGUAGUCUGACAAACAUCCGCCAGUCGGCCAUGAUCCUGAACGGACACUAUCGGCAGGAGCUGCGCCAACAGCAGGACAGCCACGAGCUAGAUACACGCGAGUACGUUCUCAAGGAGAUAUUCCGGGAGGACCUGGACAGUGUGCAGCCAACCAAGACCGCCUCGAAGCUCGACCAACUCUCCCCAUCCCAAAGCUACCUCAUGGAACUCUCGCCAGAGCUGACGUGCGUUCUCGAGGACUGCAUUAAGCAUCAUUUGCUCCUGCUUCGCUUCUGUCAACUGCUCGAAAGCUGCUACCAUCCCUACAUCCUGUUGAAACUGUUCCAGAUACUGCUGCUACUGUGCUUUCUAUCCUUCAUGGCAACGGUGGAAAGUUUGUCGACAAUGAAAUUAAUUAACGUCCUCGAGUACUUCAUGCUCACAAUGACGGAACUGUAUCUGUACUGCUUUCUCGGCCAGAUCCUCAUGAAUCAGGGCUUCAAGGUGGGCGACGCCCUGUGGAAGUCUCCAUGGCAUCUGUGCGGGGCUUCCUAUCGCCGUCGCAUGUUGAUUAUCCUGAUGAAUGCUCAGCGCCCGGUACGGUUGACUGGUUUGAAAUUGUACGAGUUGAAUCUGGAAACAUAUUAUACGGUCCUGAAGGCGGCAUUUUCGUACUACACCAUUAUAAAAAAGUUUCGUUAAAAUGUUGUUCAGUAUACUUAAAACUCAGAUACAAAUUUCAUCUAAAGAGUGAGCUAGUUUCACAUUAGACAAAUAAAUAGCUAACCCACAAAAUAGCCAAUCAAUAUCCAACCACCACAGCCGGAUCCAUCCUUUCGCAUUAAACGAACCGACAUUUCAUCAAACAUCAUCCGCAUCCGACACCAUUUCCUACACCAUUUACUUCAAUCUCUACACCUCAGCAGGAAGGGGUUUUCCUAACCUCACACAGUAUCUGAUUUUAAUGAACGGUUCAGUUAAGCACUCUAGAGCUCAGGAUUUUAUGUACGGUAUUAUCCUUCGUCAAAAAGCUCAAAAGGGAAACCCGAAAGAUCAUUUUUCUUCCCUUCACACUCAUACGGCCACACACGCACACACGGGUCUCACACGCACGGCAUACCUUUCAGUUGAGUGGAAAGCUGAAACAGGGCACGCAUUCCUCUAACGCUUUUCCAAAAAACUGUUUCAUGACUAAAUUUCCCUUCCCGAUCAACACGAUUCCGAAUUCUGCUCUCCGGACUGCGCUCGACGGAGAUUCCCCAAUGGAUGGAUGUGCUCGGAAUUCGUAGCGCCCCCCCGGCUUCAUUGAUUCCGAGCACGUGUCAUCCCGUCGGAGACAUCAUCGUCGAACAUGGAAUAAAGCACAACUCCCAUUACAAUUUCGCCCUUGCGCAUGAAAGGUUGGCCAAAUCAACGUCCGAACAUUAAAGUCAUCACAAGGAUGAAAAGGGGGAAGAUGGUGAUGAUGCUGGAAGAUAUAAUCAUCAGAAUCAUUUCUUCCAUGAAAACAGUGAAGCAGAGAAGGACGUUUUUUGAAGAAGACAAGAAAAAAAAACGGGAAUUUCUAGAUGUUUUUAAUUAAAUGCUACGGAGCCAUAGUUUUCGGAUGAAGACAUUCUUUGAUGUUUUCAUGUAGCGUACUGUUAUUGAAGAAGUUCUGCUUGUAAGUUCAUCGC